AUGGCCGCGCGACCAUUCGGGCCGUACCCCCUUGCUGAAACGUCCCUUACAUUGAAAUCGGCCAUAUUUAACUUGCAAAGUUUAAUUACUGUCUUGUUACUUUUAAUUUGUGCCUGUACUUAUUUGAGAGCUAUAUUGCCAGCAUUGAUUGAUAGAAAUAAGCAAGGAAUUCCUGGUCUAUUUUGGAAGUGUGCUCGAAUUGGUGAACGUUUAAGCCUUUGGGUUUCUUUUGGUUGUUUUUGUAUGGCAGCAUUCCUUCUUUUCUUUUAAAAAUGGGAAAUAA